AUGGAAGAAAUAAAUAUUUGUAAUGAUAUACCAUACAGUAAAAACGGAGAUCGAGAUCAAGAUGAGAAAUUGUUGCAACCGUUCAAAUACAUUCUUCAAGUUCCAGGGAAACAUAUGAGAGAAAAAUUAGCAAAAGCUUUUAAUUACUGGUUGAAAAUCCCAUCGGAUAAACUUAACGUAAUCGUGGAAAUUGUUCAGAUAUUACACAAUUCUAGUCUUUUGUUAGAUGAUAUUCAAGAUAAUUCGGUUUUAAGAAGAGGUAUACCUGUUGCACAUUCAAUUUAUGGUAUUCCAUCGACAAUAAACGCUGCCAAUUAUGUUAUAUUUAUCGCAUUAGAAAAAACAUUAAGUUUGGAUCAUCCUAAUGCUACUCAGGUAUACACUGAGCAAUUGUUGGAAUUGCACAGAGGACAAGGCAUGGAAAUUUACUGGAGAGAUAAUUUUUUAUGCCCAUCAGAAUCGGAAUAUAAACAAAUGACGAUGAAAAAAACUGGUGGAUUAUUCAUGUUGGCUGUCAGAUUAAUGCAAUUAUUUAGCGAUAAUAAAUCAGAUUUCAGUAAAAUUGCAGGCAUAAUCGGUUUGAUAUUUCAAAUAAGAGACGAUUAUGGAAAUUUAAUGCUUAAAGAGUUUACUGAAAACAAAAGCUUUUGUGAAGAUUUAACAGAGGGUAAAUUCAGUUUUCCAAUAAUGCACGCAAUAAGAAAUCGACCCGAUGAUGGACAAGUCAUGCAAAUAUUAAGGUUGAGAACGAAAGAUGUCGACGUGAAAAAAUAUUGCGUGAGUUUACUUGAAAAAUUUGGAUCGUUUGCUUACACGAGGGAAACUCUCGAAAAUCUCGUUAUCGAAGCGAAAAAAGAAAUCGAUCGAUUGGGCGGAAAUCCACAUUUGGAUGCUUUACUCAAUGAAUUUUGUAAUUGGAAUCCUCCAGACAGAGAAGAAUAA